CCAGCAGGAGGUUUCGCUGCCACCUCAGGAUGAAGGUGAAUGGUGGCGAGGGGACUCUGCCUCUCGUCUCAACCAGAACCAAUCAGAAAUUGACCGGAGUGUCACUGGGUCAACAUGUCUGCAUGGCCAGCAUGUCCUGCACAGACAAAAUUGCAAAAUGGAGUGUGGCUGGCCUCCAGGGGGCGCUCCUUUCUCAACUGGUGGAGCCGAUUUACCUGCACAGCCUGACAGUGGGCAGGCUGAGCCACACGGGUCACCUGGGCAGAGCCGUGACCCGCCGUCUGGCUCGGGUCAAGCACCUGCCGUCCCUCUACAGACGACAGCAGCUGCUCCUCGGCUGUUUGAGCAGCAGAGAGGUCCGCCCAGCUGGAAGAGCAGGCGAUGUUUGUGUGAACUGGAGUUUCGGUGAACAAACUCUGGAGGAGAUCAGCAGCUUUACAGGGAGGAGCAAAGAUUCAGGGAGGGCGUCACGAAUAUGCAGACGCUUCCUGUUCAGCUGCUGGCUGAGGCUGGAAAACAAGCUAAACACUCCUGUUUCGGGUCCUGGUGCCACCACAGCGACUUAUCAGGCAUCCAAGAUGGCUGCUGGGCGCUAUCAGAAGGCAAUGCAGCAGUUUAGCAACGCUCUGCAGGAUGUGGGUCUUGGUUUGUGGCCCAGGAAAUCUCAGAAAGUUGGUUACGUUAGUGUUAAUGUGUAAACCAUGCA